AUGACAAUCACUUUGCAGCAAUACACACAGCAAUAUCAAACUACUGCACCUACACUGUAUCACAGUGUACUACACAAGUGUAGCUUGACAUUAGAUGAUUCGACAAUGAAACAAAAACAUAAUUUAAAUAUGGAAGAGGAACUUAAGUUAAAUAAAAGUGAACUGUCUUCUGAAGCGGUGGAAAGUGAAAUUGAAGAAACUCCAUUAAGUGCAAAGACAUUUUCUACAAAUAUAUUAUCUGAAACAGUAAAUAAUUGGUUAAACUUUAAGUUAAAUCGUAACAUUAUUACUUGGGGUACGCUGGUAACUGAAAUUCUUGAAGGUGGCAAUUUAUGUAUUAAAGUUGCUCGGGCAACUGGGUUCUUUUCUGUUCUUUUGGUAGGAUUACCAAAGACUGGAAAAACAACGCUUGCCGCACAAAUUGCAAAAAAUUCAAACUUCCCAUUUAUUAAAAUUAUUACACCUGAAGACAUAAUCAACCUUGAUGAAUUUGACAAUGAUUCUGCAAAAUGUCGUUUUAUACAGAAGGCAUUCGACGAGGCAUAUCGUUCGCAGCUCAGCUGCAUUUUAAUUGAUAAUAUUGAACGUCUAGUGAAUUACUGUCCACUGAAAUCAAAGUAUUCUAUUCUGAUAUUGCAAACACUUUUCGUUUUAUUAGAGAAAUCGCCACCGCCUGGUCAUAAACUGUUGAUUUUAUGCACUUCUAGUUGCCAACAAUUUUUAAUCGAUGUGGAAUUAAUUUUAACAUUUAAUACCACUUUUUAUGUGCCUACUUUAUCAACUGUUGAUCAUAUGUUAAACGUGUUGGAUGAAGUUAAUCUCUUUUCAAAACAUAAAAUGGCUUCCUUUCGGACAAAGCUUCAAGGAAAGCAACGGAUAUUCAUUGGUAUUAAGAAGUUACUUUGCCUAAUAGACAUAGUACGUCAAGUGGAACCAAGUGACAGAGUCGAAGAAUUUUUUAUAAGAUUGCUGGACGAAGGCGGUCUACAGUAA